CAAGAUCAGGACGAGACCAGGAGCCCACUAUUUGCAUAGUUGACUUGUGGGUAUGACUAGGCAAGUGAGCGCGAAUUCGGAACAUCGUGGAGACCGGCCAGCAUGCUCUUCACUAGUUUGUUUUUUCUCAACAGAAGUAGCUGUAGCGCUGCAUAAUUUACAUGGCUGCUCUCUUCUAUCAAGAAAAGAAUGUACGCCUUUCCGUCAAAGACGUCUUUAGUUUGCUCGUUCGACGACGGCCCGCGAAAUCACAAUGAAAAACUCGAGAAUAUCACCUGUUGUGCGGAGGCCCAGGGAUUGUACUAUUUUUAGUUUAACAAAUCGUGUUCGCGAUCCUGACAAGUUAGUUCUUGAUACAUGAUGAUGCUUAAGUGUCGACGCUUGUUUUUAGUUAUCAAAAUAGCAUAUAAUUUAUUGAAGAUAAUAUUAUAGAUACUAGUAUUCAUCGAGUUCGAGUUGUAAUUCUAUUAGGUUUCUCUCGGUCGAGGAGUGCAGAUGGCACGACUACGCUUUGGGCCUCGUGGAUGGCGGGAUCGAUGCUCUUUCCGCUGAAAAAGAAAGAUUAAGGCACGACUCCAUAAUUCUGAUAAUCAUAAUUAAUAUAGGCACGUGCGAGGCGGCAGGGUCCUCGCGCGCGAACAUAAUGAUAAUAACUGCUAAUAUGCCCGCCGCUACAGCUACAUUGUAACGACUAGUGAAAAGACCUUAUGCUAUUCUACAACAACUUGUGACUUGCAUGAUUUCCUUUUUAAAAAAAUUCAAGCUCUAAAAAAGUGCAUACGAUGUUUCGAGCAAAUCGCAUCUCCGCUGUUGGCAACGAAGCUUACAAGUAUCUCUAGUACAAUGUUUUUUUGGGCUGAUUUGGUUUGCUUUGUUUUCUGCAAAAGCGCUUGUUGCAUUCCUUGGGAUACUGCACUUCUCAUUGUAGUCUUUUUUUUUAUAAAUAUGAAUGAAGUUCUGUCGGCAGAAUCUUAGGCACACUGCCGAGUACUUAGAUUCACAUCUAUCAUCAUAUUGCGAGUGAAGCUCUGUUCAACAUCAACAUCAAGGAAUUCCACAUCUUCACAUUUCAUUGAAUUCCACAUUCCACAUCUUCUAGUUCCCUUCGAAAAUCCGUGCAUCGAAAAACCCUGUACGCAUGGACCCUAUUGUAUGGGAUGUAGUGACGAAGUCAUGAGCUACAUCUUGCCAACCUGCAUUGGUUGUUCGGCAAUGGCGGACGGCGUUGUCACAUUUAAGAGGAUGCGCUACAAAAGUUUUUAGCGUUUGUUCAUCAUAGAGUAAAAUAAAUACAACAGUUCUACUUCUAAGGUGCUACAUCAAGUCAAACUUCUGCAUCAUGGUUCAUACUCUUACAAGGAAUUCCUUUUCCUCAUUCUCGCAGCAUCUAACUCUUCGGCAAAAUACACGACGAGGUAUACCCAACUUCUGCGUGAAGACAGCCACAAUAUUACGUCAGGAAUCUAGACCCACAAUCAUCUUACGGGCAACAACUUCGAGUCGUCAAAAAGUUCAAGAAUGUAUUUACUUAGUUGGAAAUGCAUAUGAUUUCCGAACAAAAAUUUUUCCAGUGUCAAACUUUUUGUUGUGGAUCGAUGUUGGUCUCCAAGAAGAAUCAUCACCAGAAAAGGCUACAACGCUGAUCAAUUACCCUCUUGUGCGGCUACCUCUAACGCCAGCCGUGUGAUUGAUCUGGAAGAAAACACCAAUAGUUCUCUGCCGAGUGGUCACAUUCGCGAUUCGGCUUCUACUGCAAAGAAAAAUGUCGCAGAAAGUACGCAAAAAGAUUCGCGUCCCCACGUCGAUGAGCCAAGCACUACUACGGUGGCGUCCUCUGGAUCGAGUUCGCCUUCUUCAUCUGGUACAACUAAGACGAACAACAGUACGUCGACGAAAAUGCGGAACAGUCACGACGCUGCCACCUGCUCAGGGGAAGCGCCGUGUUUCAGGUCACUCGCGAUCGCGUGUGAACCUGACACAAACAUGCGGAGCGAACAAGUAGACAACAUACUGAACGCAGGACUGUAUGACAUUUUUCGGGACCUGUUCAGCAACAUCGAUGUGGACGAAGGUACCCCAGUCAAAUUCCUUCUGUCCUCAGAGCAACAGGCUAUAGUAUCUUCUGAACCGGCGCUACAGACAACCACAGGAGCAUCGAGUACAGCCGCGACAUCUUCGUGUCCACUACCAUCAACAACUAAGACACCUGCUUCAUCCACGGAUCCUUCUUCAUCCUCUUGUUCCCUUUCAACGUUGAAAAUAGUCGCGCCAGUAAAAGAGGCGAAAUAUCAUGACAACUGCAAUAGGGUGGAUAAAGAGAAGAUAGUAGAAGUAAAAGGUAGAAUACAACUAGAUAGACAGGAGGAUAGAGGAAACAACACAGUAGAAGAUCAAGUAUUAGAAGGUAAAGCAGCUCCAGCUUCUUCUUCCUCAACCUUGGACCUCGUCCGCGUCCUUCGCAAAGCAGCGAUAGGGAAAGAUUGGAGCUUCCUGAAGGUUGCGAUUUAUCAGGGGAAAAAGAACAAGGUGAACAAGUCUGCCAGGUUUGUCGCAGAGGUGCUUGAGAAAUGGAUGAUACCUUUGAAGAUUGCCGAUUAUCGUUGGAAUGAUCUGUGCCGUGUUGUGAGAGAACAACCAAAUGGGGGUAAAGGAGGUGCUGGUAGUGUUAGUAGUUGUCGAACGUGGAAACCGUGGGCGCACCUUUUAGAAAAUGAUACGAGCAGUGCCGUGGAAGGGUAUAAUGGUGAUGAAGAACAAGAAAAUCUUAGUAGAAACAAGGAGAGCAGCACGACGUCCAAUGAGAACAAGAAGGAGAACCAGGUGGAGGAAACCAAGAACGAGAACAAGAACUACACUACUCAAGAUGUGAUGAAUAAAAAAGCCCAAGAAGAAGAUGAGGAGAAAGAAAAUACGGAGCCGAGUACAUCAAGGAAUCUUAAUGCAGGAGGCCUGCAACUUCAGGAACAAGCUUCUGUUGAGACUCCAACACGGCUUCCGUCCGAGCCCAAAAAGAAACGCCAGCGGUUUUUGUAGUAGUACCAGAGCUACAAAGACGAAGAUGACGAGAUAAACUACGAUGAAGAUUUUUUAAUUGAUCCUUUAUUCCCCGGCGCUUGGUCUGGAUAUGGAUGUCAUUUUUUUUGAGCACCAACAUCCUUCCCUCUUCUGCAUGGAUUUUCGAUCAUGCUGUCAUACUGUUACUAGCUUGGAGCGUCCGAUAACAUCCCUCCCACUAGGAUCCUCCUCC